UGAGUGUGUGUCACUAUAGAAUUCUCUGCUAUGGUGGGCCAACGCCCAGGAUGGGUUAGCACAAUGAAGGUGCUCACCGCAGUGUUGGUCCUGGUCACCCUGCAGUGUUCCCAUGCCCUGCGUCCCACCAGCUGUAAUGAUUCUGAGUCAUCGGCUGAGAAAAUUCUAGACCUGAUCAAUAAAGGGCGGAGGAACGGCUAUACUUUCAACCUGCUGCGAGUCUCUGAUGCUCACUUGGACAGAGUGGGAGAUGCCACCGUCUACUACUUAGUCCUAGAUGUGCAAGAAUCUGACUGUUGGGUCCUAUCCCAGGAUGACUGUCACCCUCUCUCUAGAUGGCCAUCUGAAUUAGUGAUUGGACAAUGUAAGGUUAUAGCCACAAGACACUCAAACAAGUCUCAAGAUCUUACAGUGAAUGGCUACAACUGCACCAUGAGUUCCGUCUCUUCAGCGCUGAGCAACACCAAAGACAGUCCUGUACUCUUGGAUUUCUUUGAGGAUGCUGAGCUCUACAGAAAACAAGCCAAUAGAGCCCUCGACAAGUACAAAAGGCAGAAUACCGACUUUGCCUCUUUCAGAGUGGACCGGAUGGAGAGGGUUAUAAGAGCGAGAGGAGGGGAAAGAACCAAUUACUAUGUGGAAUUCUCUGUCAGGAACUGUUCCACACAGCAUUCCCCCAGGUACCCUCCAGUCUUUGGAUUCUGCAGAGCAGUUUUUUCCUACAGUGUAGAAGCGUCUGACUUGGAAACCCCACAAGACACCAAUAUAAACUGUGAAGUCUUCAACUUUGAGGAUCACAAAAACAUGAGUGACGUGAAGACCCAUGAGCAUUCUCUUUGUGACAAACAUCAUCCUAAGACGUAUGGACUUGGAUGCCCACCUCCACUGGAAGGAAAAGACAACUCAGAGAGACCACCACUUCAAGAAGGAUCCCUUACUCAACUACCCCCUAGCCAUCUCCCUCCUUUUGGUACCAACAGGGCUCAUAGACACCCUCGUAAUCACAGCUGUAAUAAGCAUCCUUCUCAUGGACAGCACCCUCCUGGACGUGAUCUUCAUAGACACCACCCCCAUGGGCACCACCCCCAUGGGCACCACCCCCAUAGCCACCACCCUCCUGGACAUGACCUUCACAGACAGCAUCCCCAUGGACACCACCCCCAUGGGCACCACCCCCAUGGACACCACCCCCAUGGGCACCACCCCUAUGGGCACAGCCCCCAUAGACAUGAUUUCCAUGACUACGGACCCUGUGACCCACCUCCCAAUAGCCAAGAACACAAAGGUCAGUAUCACCGGGGCUACAGCCCACCCCAUGGCCACUCAAGAGAAAGGGGUCCAGGUAAAGGACUCUUUCCUUUCCACCAAGGACAAAUCGGAUAUGUCUACCGACUCCCUCCACUACGUAUAGGUGAAGUUCUUGCUCUUCCUGAAGCCAAUUUCCCCAGCUUCUCAUUGCCAAAUUGCAAUGAUCCCCGACAACCAAAGAUUCAGUCCUUCCCCCAGACACCCUCUGAGUCAUGUCCAGGGAAAUUCAAGAUUGAGUUUCCACAAAUUUACAGGUUUUUUGCAUCUGUGCCUCCAAAAUAAAACCUGACUCCUUGAUGGGGGUGGGGGGAGGGGACAAUGUUCUGAAUAAAUAAAAUGCAAACAGUAAGAAAUGAAAAGUAUAGC